UGCUGUGCUAUCCUCUCCAAAUCUCUUGGCUCAAAGACCUCUUACCCAACAGAUCUGACUUACAAUGACUCGCUCACCAGCUACUGGUCUGACCGAGCGACCGAUGUCAAGCCAAACUGCAUAUUCCGGCCUACAAUCGACCAAGAGGUCGCUCAAGCUGUCAAAAUUCUUGCCUCCAACACGCACUGCAAAUUCGCCAUCAGAGGCGGCGGACACUUUGGCUGGCCUAAAGCAGCAAAUAUUGAAGACGGCAUAACGCUCGACCUCUCAUCGUUGGACAGCAUCUCCGUCUCGGAAGGCAAGACCGUCACCACCGUCGGCGGUGGAGCUUACUGGAACCAAGUCUAUUCUUACCUUGACGCCAUGAAUCUAAACUGUGCCGGCGGCCGCUACGCCACGGUCGGAGUCGGAGGCCUCACCCUAGGAGGCGGAAUCAGUUUCUUCUCCCCACGCCUGGGCUGGGUAGCAGACACCGUAAAAUCCUUCGACAUCGUCCUCGCAUCUGGACAGCUCGAAACCGGAAUCUCCUCCACAAAGAACCCCGAUCUUUUCCGAGCAUUGAAAGGCGGAAGCAAUAAUUUCGGAAUCGUCACAUCUCUCCGUCUCAAAACUUUCCCUGGAGGACCAUUCUUCAUGGGUACGGUUGAGUAUGAUAUGUCCUCCACCCCGGAAUUAUCACAAGCUUUCUUAAAGGCCGUUGCCGCAAAGAAAGAAGCUUGGGAUCCCUAUGCCGCGUUCUUACAGCAAUAUCAUUUCAUCAAAGAUCCUACGACCAACGGAACGACAUCAAUAUCCAUGAACAACAUCCUAGCCUACACCCAACCCUUCCCCAAGGACAACUCCACACCGGCAUUUCUCAAACCUCUCCAAGACGCUGCACCUUCGACGGGAAACGACCUCGGAGUUCAAUAUCUUUCAGAAUUCCUGGAGAGAUUCGAAGACGACGAUGCGACGAGACCGAGACAAGUGCUUUCCAAUCUAUCGUUUCGACACGAUAUGAGUGAUUUCAUGCAGCAACUAAUUCAAAUCUUCGAAUCCACAACCCGACCCCUUUUCCAGCGCAUGGAACACAUGUCUCUCGCCCUCAUCUUCCAACCGAUUCAUCCAGUCUUUACCUCGAAAGGGGACAACGUCCUCGGCUUUGGACGGCACGGGAAGGAAACCCCGCUGGUAAAUUUAUGUAUUCAGACAGGUUGGGCUGGGGCGGAAUUUGAUGAGUUGGUGGUGGGAACGAUUCGGGAAGCUAUUGAGAAGGGCAAUGCUUUGGCGAAGGAGUAUGGUGUGGAUUCUGAGUGGCUUUAUUUGAAUUAUUCGGAAGAGUGGCAGGAUCCUAUUUCGGGUUAUGGAGAGGAGGAGGUGAGGUUUUUGAGGAAGGUGAGUAGGGAAUAUGAUCCUGAGGGGGUUUUUCAGAGGCAGGUUCCUGGGGGUUUUAAGCUU